UCGAGGGUGGUCACCACCGCUCGCUCUUUGUGCUUUCUAGUUCCUCAGUGCGACUUCAUGUAAGUGCGGACGAGCAAUGCCUCAAUACCCACCACGCAUCCUAAGUGGGUGCGGGAGUCCGAGCCGAAAGCACAGACACCGUGCAGGUGAAGGAGAGCCUGAGCCUCCCGCAGGGGAAGGAGGACGCGGGGCGAGCCGACGUGGCAGCGGAGGUGCGAGCCGCAGACCAGGUACCUCUGCAUCAGUCAGAUUGGAUAUAUGUGAAGAGAGAAAUCAGUACAUCUGGAUCAUCAGGAUCUGUGAAGGCUUGAAAAGGCCCAUGAGUCUUCUCAUCAUUGAGGCGUUCUAUGGAGGGUCCCAUAAACAGCUGGUGGAUCUGCUCCAAGAAGAGUUAGAAGACUGUGUCCUUUAUACCCUUCCUGCAAAGAAAUGGCAUUGGAGAGCGCGGACAUCAGCUUUAUACUUCUCCCAGAAUAUCCCCAGCAGCGAACGGUACAGGAUCCUCUUUGCAAGCUCAGUGCUGAACCUGACCGAACUGGCUGCCCUUCGGCCUGACCUUGGAAAAUUGAAAAAGAUUCUGUACUUCCAUGAGAACCAAUUGGUAUAUCCUGUCAAGAAAUGUCAGGAGAGGGAUUUCCAGUAUGGAUACAACCAAAUUCUCUCAUGCCUGGUGGCUGACGUGGUGGUAUUCAACUCGAUUUUUAACAUGGAGUCAUUUCUCACCUCUAUUGGAAAAUUUAUGAAGCUGAUUCCUGAUCACAGACCCAAGGAUCUGGAAAGCAUCAUCAGACCUAAGUGCCAAGUUAUUUACUUUCCCAUCAGGUUUCCUGAUGUGAGCAGAUUCAUGCCCAAGCACAAAACAAUCCAUUUACAGAAGAUUCUCGGCCUUAAAGGAAGUGGUGGCACUGCUCCAUCCGCGGCCCUUCCUUUCCAACACGAGCAGAAAGGUUCUGAGAAUUUAUUGAAGAAUUUUAAUUCAGAGUCUGGACCUUGCAAUGUUGCACAACAAGAAAACCCGGGUAGCUCACUAACACAGGAGUCAGCCUUGAGAACGUGCAACUCAUCAGAUAAUUCAAGCUCUCACCUGAAGGAAAAUAAACAAAAUACGACUUUUCAUCCCUGUGACAUUUUGGGUGGAACCGAUGAUCCACAGAGACCACUGCACAUCGUGUGGCCUCACAGGUGGGAGCAUGAUAAAGAUCCGGAGAGUUUUUUUAAGGUAUUAAUGCACCUUAAGGAUUUAGGACUCAAUUUCCACGUGUCUGUCCUUGGAGAAACCUUCACAGAUGUCCCAGAUGUAUUUUCAGAGUCCAAAAAGGCAUUGGGAUCGUCUGUCAUACACUGGGGCUACUUACCCAGCAAAGAUGACUAUUUCCAAGUACUGUGCAUGGCCGAUGUUGUCAUCUCAACAGCUAAGCAUGAAUUCUUUGGAGUGGCAAUGCUGGAAGCUGUCUAUUGUGGUUGUUACCCACUUUGUCCCAAAGAUUUGGUUUAUCCCGAAAUAUUUCCAGCUGAAUAUCUGUAUUCUACACCUGAACAGCUUUCAAAAAGGCUCCAGAAUUUCUGCAAGAGACCAGAUAUUAUAAGAAAACAUCUUUAUAAGAUAGUCCUCUCCGCAAGCAGCGUGAGAUCCGUAACGCGUGGUGGGACAUCGCAGCACUGGCUUCGAGUCCUAUCAGUUGUGGGGAAGUCACUGAACAGAUUACCUCCUCACCCAAAAAACAAAGGGCUCAGGGAUCAUUUCAGAAGUGCCUUCCAGUCUGAGACUGGGGAACCCGGAAUCUCUCAGCUCUAUGGUUAUGAGUUUCAACCCUAAGACAGGAUCAUAAUUCUUCUCAUAAACGGAUAGAAGGAACUGAUGAUUCGUGGGAGAUGAUCUAAGAGGCUUUGUUUUACUCUCCUCAAUUACUGCAUUUAAACAGUGGACCUAAGGUGAUGUGCUGGAAGCCACUUCUGGGAAUGCUUGUGUGAUACCUUUCUCCAAGAAGUUGAAAUCCUUUAUAUUUAAAAAUUUAAUAUUUCCAUUAUUUCCCCAAUGAGAAAACCAAGGGAUCCUAUAAUGGCACACUUAGGAGCCAGACUAUGUUGUAGAAACAGAGACUUGUUGUAUAAGCCUCCCUCCCAUGGGAGAUAAUGUCCCCGUCACCCGUGUGUCUUUCAGGAAGCACCAAGGUCAGUGAGCAUGACUGCUGGACCCCUAGGCAAGGGAGUGCGGAGGGUAGCAGGGGGAUGCUUCAUGACCCACAUGGCUGGUCUUAAAAAGAGGCAUGAGAGACCAUGCCGUGAGGCCAAUGUUUUAAGUGUCUGGAUUAUUACUAUUAUUGCACAGGCCUCAACAGCCACCAUGGGCCUGCCACUCCCUGUGGUCUUUCCACUCAGCUGCCCUUAUACCCGUAACUUUCCUGGCCCUCCUGGUCAGCAUUUGUUUUUGAAGCCUGUGGGGAGACUGAGGCCCUAACAAGAAGCCGAGUUGCCGUGGCUCCCGUGCCAGUAGAGGCAGGUCUAGAACAACCUCGGGCAGAAGUCAGUCCAAUUGGUCGAGACCACCAUCCCUUAAAGGAGGAGAAGAGGCAAAGCUCUCUCUCCACCCUCUUCCCCUCUUUCCUCCUCCUGCUGCCCUUACCAGCAGAGGGAAUGUGGAUUAAUCAGUUGCCAGGACCUGUCCAUAGACUGGUUUUGUGUCACUCGUGGUCGCAUUUGUAUUCCAAGUGGCCACAAGGGGAAGAAUGUACAAGAAUCCAUUCCCGGUACUGAAAAUCUCAGACUGUGGCACGUGCAAGCCUUCGGACAGCCGAACCUUCCCUGUGGCCUUUGAUGACAUACGGCGGUGACGGUCCUCCACGCAUCGAAGGCUGGCCCUUCGUGCGGCCCCCACGAUCUCACCGGUUGCAAAGGGCCGAGGACAGAGGGAGCAGGUGCAUGGGCCGCAGGAGCACCUUUACUUGUGAAGCAAAGGAGUGCUUCCUCUCAUCCCAAAUAGAUAACCCAGAAAUUACAUCCUGAAACUUAUUUCCCCGGAAAGAAAAGGAAGGGGAGGGAUAACUGCAAAAGAAGAUCCUUCUAAUAUGGUAUUAGACUGUAAUUCAUAGGGAAAUUUAUGCCUGAGAUAUGAAUUUCUGAAAAUAGGGGUUUUUUUUCAAAGGAAACACUGACACAUCCUUAAUUAUAGAGUAAUAAAUACCAAUGGUAUAUUAUCUUCUGAUAUUUCCUUACACAGAUCUCAAAGCAUGCAGCUGUUUUUGAAAACUGAUAAUCAAGUACAAUAUCAGUAUAUCACAUCUUGUGCUUACAACACACCCUUCAACCAGACAACCUCACGGAGCCCGAAACAGUGAGUCCGGGGCUGCUCAUAGCACAAGCCUAACUGAACCAAUUAGCCUCGAAUCGUAACGUUAAGAAUCACAGUCGCACCGAGGUGCCUGUCCUUGCCAGGAAAAGGCAAAGCGCAUGCCAAGGGAAAAAGCCUCUGCUUCAGGAUCAUGGAGGCAGCUCUCAAAAGCCAGCAUAACUUAAUGAUCAAUCAGAAAAAUCUAGAGCAGUAACUCCUUAAGUGAAGGAUACAUAAAAACUGUACAAAGCAUUAAUAGUGCAUGGGGAGGUAGAACAGGAUUUUAUCAGAAAGUAUGAGGCUCUUAGAAAGCUCCAUGGGCUGCUUCCAAUCCAGGCAGCAAAAGACAGACAAACAUGGUCAAAGAAAAGUACGUGGACAAACGCGGGGGGCAGGAGAGGAAAUGAAGGUUACACAAGGCCAAUGUGAUUCAGAAGGAAAGGGAGGGAGGAAAGCCGAAGGAGCCAGCUGCAAUUACUAAAUGUUACAUUAGCAAGAGCUGAAAUUGAGAGGGGGAGGUCUGGGUAUUUUACUAAGUGGAUUAACGUCCUCUUCUUUGGGUGUCUGAAGUUGCAGAUUUUAAUUUAUUUGGUGCAGGGUUUUAUUGUGAAACUCUUAAUGGGGUGGAGGGAUAAACAGGGACAAUUAUAAACAGAGAGUAGGAAAGGGGAACAUGAAAUGGUGUUUUUUUUCUUUUUUUAAUAAAUUCAACUAAAAUAAACACAGGGUUUGAAGCUAUGGACAAAGGUAAAUAGUCAACAAAAUAUUUAUUUAGUUGACUGUGAUAGCACUCAAAGGAGAAUUAGAGGUACCUACAAAAAAAAAAAAAAAAACCAAGAGGACAAAACGCCCCCUGAAAUGUGUCAAGCCAAGGAUUUUCAGUGGCUUAGGGGCUCUCCUUUCUCCACCCGUUUAAAAAAAUAAAUCAUAACUUCGGCAUUUA